AUGGCGACCAACGCUCCGCUCCUGGGCAAGGCCGCUCACAGCAAGGCAUCGAUCUUCUACGGAGCGGAUGAGUAUCUUGAGGAGCUUAAGAGGAAAUAUGAGCACGGGGACCCCAACGCGGCCGGCGUUGCCCAGAGUAACGACAAGAUGCUCUCCGUUCAGAAAAACAACGAGAACAGGAGUCUGAAGACGAACCGGCUCUUCCCCACUCCGAACAAGCCAGACCCGAUGCCGCAGAACUUGGCAUUCCUCUUCACCAAGAUCACGCCGGACCGGAUGCUGAUGGUGGUCGGCUACUGUGCAGCCUUGGCAUGCUUUCCAGACUACUGGUGGACAUGCACGCUCUGCUUCGGGCUCCCAUUCUCGUACAUUGCCAUCCAGAACAUUUACAUUGAUCACGAUGUGAUGCACGGUGCAACUUUCCCGGUUUACGAAUGGCAGCGCUUCUUGACUCACCCAUUUGCUGACUUUGUAUCACUUCCGUGGGAGGAGUUCGUGCUGGAGCACAACAGGCAUCAUGCCUCAACUGUGGACUUGCUGAUCCAGGGCGAGUUCGGUUGGGACCCCGAGGAGUUCCACUAUGCCCUGCAGCAGUGGGCCGGGCCAUGGGGCUCUAACUGGUACAAGUACCUGCUCACCGUCCCGUUCAUCCCGGUGAUCCACUUUUUCGGCUUGAAUGAUACCGGCUCGCUCUUCGCCCUGGAGUGGUGGAUGCACUUCCCCGACGAAGGUGCGGGUGGAAAGUGCAACAAGGAGUUCUGGAGCAAGUGGAUUCCACGCCGCAUCAAGCACAACACUUUUGUGCUUUCCCUCUGGGCUUGCAUCUGGCUUCUGGGCACCUACCCUCUGGGCCGUCCGCUCAGUGAGGGGUGGCGAUUCAUGUUCACUGUGUCUUUCUUCGCUCGCAUCGGCUACUCUGCGGCCUGGAUGUUCAUCACCAACUUUACACAUAGUUUACCUUGGAACGAGUUCCUCGCGCAGGAUCCGGGCCGCACCUGGCCUGUCCUUCACAACGUGAUGGCCAUGGUCCUGGGAGGAAAGCACCGCUGGAACGAAAUGCUCUUCCACGACGUCCAUCACGCUUUUCCCAAUGCCGUAGGCACGCUGAGCCAGCGCGGCCGCUUCCACGGCUGGGAGAAGGUUCAUGAUGCAGCUGCAGAAGUCCUGCACCGAGGGCUGUGGAAGCCCAACGGCGAUGAGGAGACCCAGAUGCAGAAGACUCAGAAGAAGCGAUCCAUGAUGAUGCAGCAGGGCAGGUGA